CCUAAAAACAAGGGAGGUUAUUCUCUACGAACAUGUCUCAAGCAAUGAAGAGAUUAAAAAGUGUUCUACAAAAUGUUGUUACAGUUGAUCGACAACAAGUCAGGACGAAGAUGUAUUGGCCGAGAAAAAUUGAACCCGAAGAAGAAAAGAAACAUGCACAACGAAUUGCUGAAAUGAAACAGAUUGACCCAGAGUUAGACAAAGUGAUUAAUAUUGGAUUUCCAGCCACCAAAUUUGACAGAACAGAAAGAAAAAAGAUGAAACAUGAAUUGAAAGAAUCCAUAGCAGGAAAAGAAAUAGAAUUAGAAAGAGCUGCUAGAACAAGAACAUUAAAUGUCCCAUUAGAAGAAGUAAAGAAAAUCUACACACAUGAAAUGCAAAGAUUUCACUGGAAAUCAUUAGCAGAACAUUAUGGGAUAUAUAGAGACUUAUUUGACAAUGCCAUGUUUUAUCAGUGUGUCAAUAUGGACAUAUAUUAUGAUUUUGAUGAGGAAUAUGUAUCUAAAGUUUACAUUGGAAACAGAUUAAAACCAUCUGAGGUUAUAUCAAAACCUUACGUUGAAUAUACAGCUGACCCUGACACCUGGUGGACUAUUGCUAUGACAGCUCCGGACAGUCAUCUACAGGAUAACAACAUGGAGUAUUUACACUGGCUCAUAGGCAAUAUACCAGGGAAUGAUUUAGAUAAAGGGGAAGAGCUCUGUAAUUAUUUACCACCAUUUCCUGUUCGUGGCACUGGUUACCAUAGAUAUGUUUUUGUGUUGUAUAAACAAAACAGAAAGAUAGAUUUUAGUAAAGACAAAAGACCAGAGAAUUGCACAUCAUUACAAGACAGAAGCUUUAGUACAUUAGAGUUUUAUCGAAGUUUACAGGAUGACCUGACUCCAGCCAGUGUAAACAUGUUCCAAAGUGAUUGGGAUGAGUCAGUUAGAGAUACCUUUUGGAAUAUUUUAGACAUGAAAGAACCAAGAUUUGAAUUUAAACAUCCACCUCCAUACCAUCCCCUACAGAAAUGGUAUCCACAUCGGCAGCCAUUUAAUUUAUACCUAGAUAGGUACAGAGAUAUCAAAGAUCUGAAUGAAGAAGUACUGAAAGACAGACUAAAGGAUUUAAAGCCGUUUGAACCUCCACCUCAACAGAAAUACCCUGUGUUAAAUAUGAUCAGGUAUAAACAAAUAUCUGGAGUACAGCCGACAUGGAGAAGACCUAAACUAAGGCAUAAAUACCUCAAAGAAAUGCAUUGGAAUGACUCUGAAGAUAAAAUUAUUUGACAUUUGACUGCAGUAUAGGAAAUGUAUUAAAAAAGAUAAAAAAAAAUGAAAGAUAA